AGUCUUUUCGCCACAGCUCGCUGGUGCCAAUCCUCUGCUUCCACCUCGGCUCAUCCCAAGACUACACAGUCAUGUCGUCCCUCCGCAACUCGCUGCACCGACGGAACCAUAAGGAGCGUUCCCAACUUGCACACCGCGCAAAAUUUGGCAUCCUUGAGAAGCACAAGGACUAUGUGCUGCGUGCGCGGGACUACCACUCCAAGAAGGACAGGAUCACCCGCCUGCGCCAGAAGGCGGCAGAUCGCAACAAGGAUGAGUUCUAUUUUGCGAUGAACAGGCAGCAGACGAGGGGGGGCGUGCAUAUGCAGGAUAGAGGCAAUGAGGCGCUGCCUGUGGAUAUUGUGAAGGUGCUGAAGACACAAGACGAGAAUUACUUGCGGACGAUGCGGACGGCGGGGUUGAAGAAAAUCGAGAAGCUCAAGAAUCAGUUGACUGCACUUGCAGACCUCCUCAAGCGGAGCCCUGACGCUGAGGAGGACGGGGACGCCGAUGAACUGAACGAGGAAGAGCUGGGGGUGCUGAGAGAAGCUGGAGUGCUCUCGGCUCCGUCUGGGAAGCAGCGGAAGUCGAAUGAGGGCCGCAAGAAGAACCACAUCCUCUUCGCAGAGGACGCUGAAGAAGCUCGGGAAUAUGCCUCUAUGCCUCGUAGACAACGGCCGAAAGAGGACGACGUCCGCAUGGACGACGCCACACAAGAGGACGUAGACCUCGGCUGGAAAGCCCCUCCAGAGAAGAGCAACAGUAAAAUGAAACGCAGAAAGUCAGUAGCACAGGAUGUGGGGGUGGAUGGGACUGCAGAGGAAGAGCGCAAGGAAGUGGCAGCGGAAAACCGGACACGAUUACUCAAGGAGCUCUCAGCACGUCUUUUCCGAGACAGACAAUUGCGCUACGCAGAGAGGGAGCUAGAGAUGCAGAAGCUGAUCAUGGGGAAGGGUGCAGCGCGGAAGCUCCGAGGAGUCGAGAAAGUGGAAGAUGACGAGGAUGACGAUGCGGAGGACGACGAUGCGGCUGAGAGACGACCCAAGAAAGUGGACGAGAAGACAUGGAAACCGAGAGUGUACAAGUGGAGGAUCGAGCGUAAGAAGUGAGGGUGUACUAUUUCUCUUUGCUCGGUUCAGCGGGGUGGAUUCAGUGCAUUUGUUUCCCGAUGCCUGUCGAGUGUCACUGUUGAAUGCGGUCUAUGUCAAGGUUCAGGCGAC